CGCAUGCGCCGGCCGCCAUCUCCUUUUCGCCGCGCCGCGCGUAGCAGGCAGCAUGGGCCACCAGCAGCUCUACUGGAGCCACCCCAGGAAGUUCGGUCAGGGCUCUCGCUCAUGCCGAGUGUGCUCCAACCGGCACGGCCUCAUCCGCAAGUACGGCCUCAACAUGUGUCGGCAGUGCUUCCGGCAGUACGCUAAGGAUAUCGGCUUCAUUAAGCUGGACUAAGCCCCGAGAACAUGAGGCUGUUGUCAGAAGCUGCUGGGGCUUCGCUGGCCCUUCCUGACACAUCUGCAGCGUCUCGGCACAGUUGUAAUCAAUAAAUGAGUUCCUUGCCUUUUU